AUGAUUGAAAGUUACGAGUGUAAUUCAGAUGCUAUAAUUCUCGAGAAUAUUGCUAGAAAUAGAUUUAAGUCUCCAUAUAGAAUGGACGUGGUGCCAAUACAACUUUUAAAGGUUAUAAUUUCGCAGCUCGCAAAAUUUCACGGACUAUCAUUCGUGUUGAAACAUGAAAAAAGAGAUUAUUUUGAAAAUAAAAUUGAAACAAUCAAGUCACCUUUGCACUUCGAUAAAAAUGCAUGGAAAGACACCAAUUCGGAAGUGGUUCUGAUUGACUACCAAUUCAUGUUUUAUGCAUCUCCAAUUAUAGAUAUAUUAUAUUUUAUAUACACUGGUACAGAUGGACAAUUGCGUGAAGCUCACAUGAAUGAAUUAAAAGAUCUCUAUCACACAGAAUUGACAAAGUUUCUACAGUAUUUCGCCCUGAAUGUAAAUGAUAUAUAUCCCAGGGAAGUCUACGAAAAAGAUUUUCAAGAUUCAUUAGAUUUCGGAUUAAUGGCAGCGUUGUAUGUUUCUCCGGUUAUAUUUACAGAAGAAGAUGUAUAUCCAGAUUUUGGUAAAGACGAUUGGUCUUUUAAAAUAAAUAAAAGACACAAAGAAAGAAUCACUCAAAUUGUUGAAGAAUAUUUGGAAUGUGGAAUUUUGAAUUAG